GAUAACGGUACAGCACUCUCAUUGAACAUACUGAUCACAUGUAACUGCUUGAAAAACUUUACAAAAAAUCCGCCAUGAAUCUCUUCACGCUGAACGAUGAUGUCUGGGAGGUUCUCAUGUCCUACCUGGGCCGUUGGGAUGCGUUGCACCUCGCCUUAACGUGUCGUGCAGCGUACAAGCUCGCGUUACCUCGCUUCUUGUUGGAGAUUGUUCUAGCACAACCCGGCCAAGCCAUGCGCUUCUGCGCGUUCAUAACAGCCAAAGCCUCGGAGCGCGCACCGUGUCUGAAGCGGUUCACUCUUUUGAAUUUCUCCGAUUCCUGGGCAAAGCCAGGAAAUGAGGUGCUGACGGCAAUCGCUCGUGUCAUCUCCCUUGCUAUAAACAUACACGCGCUAAGUAUAAUAUCGACCCGCACUGUCAACUGGAUAGACGACCUGUUAGAUGCUUGCCCCGCACUUGCAGAUGCGAUUGCAGGCCUACAUGGCCUCGACGACAUCCGCUUCCAAGACUGCAGCGUCCGGACCUUGGCCAUCAUGUCGCGCAUGCACAGUCGUCCUCGAACGGUAAAUCUGUUCAUCACUUGCAAGACCGAUCCCAACGGUAUCGACUUCUUUGGCCCAUUCACCAGAGGAAAAGACAGAUUCCUACACAACCUCACCAACUCGCUCGUCACGCUCGAAAUAGACCGUUACCCGUCUCUCAUCGAGGAGCUCGAGCCAGACACGGUGUGGCCCGCGGUGCGGCGGCUCGCAUUAUCGGGUGAUGUGCACGACCUUCCGCUUAUUUCCCGGGCGUUCCCACACAUCCGCCACCUCCACAUAAGUGAGAACCUGGGAUUGCACGUCGGUUCGAGCCUGACUGCAUGGUCGAAUCUGGAUGAUGCAUUCUUCGACAACCCAGUCCCGCUGACGUCUGAGGUCCGCCGGCUCGAGAUCUCGUGCGACCUCAAUGAUAAAACGAAUAUCUCACUGGAGUAUCCGACGGUGCAGAUGGUACGGAACGCGUCUCCGGUCGUCCUGAGCUGCCGCCCAAAUUCCAGCUUCCUGAACACUUUGGCCGCGUCGGCGCCGAGCAUCAGGUUCCUGCGGCUGUUCACUAGUAUAAUACGGGUUCGGCUUCAUGAAAUUGAUGAGACGGACAUCAAGUACUACAUCGACAACAAGAUCCCCUCGCUAAGGACGCUCGCGCUCAAAGGGCUCGCUCUGGUCCCCGGAUGGAUGAGCGACCUCGAGGAGCCGAACCUCUCAGAGCACGCGGCGAAGAUCGCGAAGAUCAACCCCACGCUAGAGUACGUCGCGCUCGGGCCUUCGCUAGAGACGGAUGACACGUUCCCAAUGACGAUUUACGGGUUCGACUAUGUACGUUUUACGUGGUUCAGAGUCGUCCGCAGAUUCGAGAACGACCUCCCGAUGCUGAGAAGGCUCACUGAUACGGAGGGCAAGAAGGUCCACGCGGCCUUGCUGGACACCCCUCGCGCGUGAAUGGGCCGUUAUGUAUCCUCAUCACAGUAACUCCGCUCUGUGCAUCUUCUCGCGUCCUGUUAUCAUUUUCUUUUCACUCUUGAUCAUGGCUUCUCUGUCUCUCUUACUUCUCUGCACCUCUAAACAUCUUCUUUCGCCUGGAACAGCCAUCGUCUAACGCAUUUGGCCCCUAUGCCACACUAUGUGAUUCAGUGCACAUCGUCUAGCGAUUGCUUCGGAUCUUUUCUUUCAGCAACCUCCUAAGCUUUGUGCUUAUUGUUCUGCCUUUUU